CAAAGCUCGGCUGACGUGGAGGACUCGAACCGGAUGAACCGGAUCUGAAUCAGUGUUUCAGAACCGUGGGGUCGAUUCCGUGUCUGUCUCUUGUACCCUCGGUCCGGUCGUGUCUGUCUCCGGCUCCAGCGGAACCAGUCCCCGGGUCCCAAGCCUCCCUGCGCGGGUAAAGAUGGCGGCGGCGGACGACGCCAGCCGGCCGUUCGCCGGCCUGUCGGACGUGUCCAUCUCCGGGGACAUCCCGGUGGAGGGGGACAUCUCCGUCCCGGUGGGCUCGUCCAGGCGGGACGGAGACGAGUACUCGACGCUGGACGAGCCGGUGAAGGAGACCAUCCUGCGGGACCUGCGGGCGGUGGGCAACAAGUUCGUGCACGUCCUGUACCCGACCCGCAGCUCGGCCCUGCUGCGGGACUGGGACCUGUGGGGCCCGCUGCUGCUGUGCGUGGCCCUGGCGCUGCUGCUGCAGGGGGGGGCGGCCGACCACGACGAGCAGGGGGGGCCGCAGUUCGCUGAGGUCUUCGUCAUCAUCUGGUUCGGCUCCAUCAUCAUCACCCUGAACUCCAAGCUGCUGGGCGGCACCAUCUCCUUCUUCCAGAGCCUGUGCGUGCUGGGCUACUGCAUCCUGCCCCUGACCGUGGCCAUGGCCGUGUGCCGCCUGGUGCUGAUCGGCGGCUCGGGCACCGUCAGCUUCGCCGUGCGCCUGGCGGUGGUGACGGCGUCCUUCGGCUGGUCCACCUUCGCCUCCACGGCGUUCCUCGGGGACAGCCAGCCGGCCAACCGCAAGGCGCUGGUGGUGUACCCGGUGUUCCUCUUCUACUUCGUGAUCGGGUGGAUGAUCCUGACCUUCUCGCCCUCUCAGUAGAGGAGGAGGAGCAGGAGGAAGAGGAGGAGGAGGAAGAGGAGGAGGAGGAGGUGGAUCUGGUGGACGGACUCAGACGUGUUCCUGAGCUUCAGCUUCUCGACUCUUUGGACAUUAGAAGGAUUCCUUCGGGAGCAGCGGGGGGGUUUAUGCUGAGUCGCCGUUGCAGACAGGGUUUUAAAAAAGCUGAUGAAAAAGUUCAGAUUCUUCCAGUUUGUCUCCUAAAGCUGUGUAAAGUAAAAAAAAAGGUCCAUAAGCUUGUAUAUAAAACUGCUCUAUGAAUGUUAGACUUCGGGGCUAGCUUCAUUUGGCUCCUCCCCUCGGUCACUCGGGGGUUCGGUCACUUUGACGAAGCUCGACAGGAAACAAGCCGUCGUCUCAUUUCGCUCUUUUGCAUUUGUGUUGAGGUUUUUUCUUAGGGAGGAUUUUUCUUUUCGUGAGACGACAGAUGACGUCUCGAUCUUCACGAUCUCUGUCUUCACGUCCACUCGCCGCCUGGUGGUGAGCGGAGGUAAUCACACGCUGCCCGUCAACCGUUAACCUUUGACCCCUGCUCUGUUUCAUAGAACCUGGCAUUUCUCUUCUUAAAUCACUAACACUGUCUGGUCAAGUUUUUUAAUUUAUGGGUAUUAAUUUUCAUUAAAGAAAAAUGAUUAAAAUAUAUUUGAUCUGCA